AAUCAGGAUCCUGGAGAUAAAUCAAGUAUUAAAUACUGCACAAUUCAGGUAAUUACUGUGGUGGCAAUAAUUAUCUCCCUCAAAAUCAAGAGUUGGCAGUGUUGGGAACCUCCCUUUCCAGUAUAGAUGGAGUGGAACCCCUCUCUCCCCUCUGCCUGCCUUCCAGGCAACACCCUUACUCUCAGUCUUUCUCAUCAUACCCCUCAGUUUAAGGCUGUUACAGAAGGGGCAGUUUAGCCACAAGUUUAAUGGACAGGAAAUGACUCAUGGUCCCCCUCGUGUCAGGUGAGUGGAUAGUCGGGGAAGACUAGAUCCAGAAGGGAGAGUGAUCGGGGCUAGAAUUUCUGAAAUAACAAUUACAUCAGCAUUAGUGUGAUACUUCCCCACUGUCCCAGACAAGCAUCUCAAAGCCCUCCCCUGAAUUGUUUCCCAUCAGUGUUCACAGAGUGAUUGGAAGGAAGUACCAAUAGGAUGCUGAAGGAGAAUGGUUGUAAGUCUUUGAAGAAGUUUUAUUAGAGGUUUCUGGAAGAAUUUAUUGGUAAUUUAGUGUUCUCUGGGCUUUCCUAAUAGAAACCAUUAUGCCAAAGAUAAUCUUAAAACCUAGAAUUUGGUAAACUUCGAAGAUGUAUGAAAAUUUUCAUUAUUGUUACUAUCUUGGGAUUAUUAAUUUCAGAUACUCUAAAUUAAUGCCAUUACUGUGUUAUGAAACAAAUGAGUUUAUAGAAUAUGUAGUUAAUAGUAUACUUUUUAGACUGUAAGGAGAAACCGCAUUUGACAGAGAAUUUAAAAGAGGUUGUUAACAUGGCUUCAUUAGUAACUGUGUGAUUCUGUGAGGGUACUUUUUGUACCAAAAAGGAAGUCUUUUAGAAACAUCACUUUGCUACUAGUAGUCACCUAUAGAAUGUUUUUAAACUAUAUUUAUGAAUUGAAGGGCAUGUAAGAAAAAAUUUGGAAGUUUUAAAUAAAAUAUUAAGCAUUGGAAUUAUAAGGAACUCGAGCUAUUUCUCUAUGAGUAGAGAGUUCUGUUCACUACCUAAAGGCUUUGUUGAUUAUGUGGAGACGUAGACAUACUCCACCUUACAUUUUAGUUAUACUUAGUUGGUUAAUUCAUUAGAAAAUGUGUGGUUCUUUCUGUUCCAAAAAAAUCCUUUCUCUCUGUGACUUGAUUUUAAGACUGUGAUGCAAAUCCAUGGUGUUCCUUUUAAAUGUGAAAGUAAACAAUAAGGAAAGGAAGUGUGGAGGCUUGGAUUCUUAGCUGAUGCCUCAUGGGUCACUAGGGAGCAGUGAGGUUCUUCUCCACUGUUAAUGGCCGGAAACACCAGAGAGGAAGGACUCCUUACUCUAAAUUUAUUUGAGCCUCUGUGCUGGAAGCUUCUUCAGUUUGCCAUGCAAACAUUAACCAAGCCCCCUUGAGGUACUUCGGAUUGUGCUGGUGCAGGAUAUACAAAGACAAUGCCUGAGGAAGGAACCAGAAAGCAGAGUAACCAAAAAUUCCAGUGCCAGGAAAUUGAGGCAAAGGAAGCAUGUGACUGGCUCCGUGCUGCUGGGUUCCCACAAUACGCUCAGUUAUAUGAGGAUUCACAGUUUCCCAUUGACAUUUUGGCUGUUAAGAAUGAUCAUGAGUUUCUUGAAAAGGACCUUGUAGAACCUCUUUACAGACGAUUAAAUACAUUGAACAAGUGUGCCUCAAUGAAACUUGAUGUGAACUUCCAAAGGAAAAAGGGUGAAGACUCAGAUGAAGAAGAUCUUUGUAUCAGUAACAAAUGGACUUUCCAAAGAACCAGUCGGCGGUGGUCUCGUGUGGACAACCUCCACACACUGUUUCCUGGGGGAGACAGAAAUGGGUCAUCUGGAGACAUUAGGAUGAGAAACACAACCAGCAGUGAAAGUGUCCUCACAGACCUGAGUGAGCCCGAGGUCUGCUCCAUCCACAGCGAGAGCAGUGGUGGGAGUGACGGACGCAGCCACCCCGGCAGCCAGGGCACUGGCCGGGAGGCGUUUGACUCUUCCAGCCAGUACUGCUCUGAUAGCCCAGUCAUGCUGGAUGCCACAGUAUUCAGCAGCAGCCUCCCACAGUCCUCCAAAGACGUCCUCAACUACCCUUUCCACCCAAAGAAUGAGAAACUCAGUAGACCCAGAGCUAAAUCAUUUUUGAAACGCAUGGAAACACUCCGAGCAAAAGGAACACAUGGAAGGCAUAAGGGGCAGACAGGUGGCUUGAUGAUCAGCGGGCCUGUGCUACAGCAGGAGCCAGAGUCCUUUAAGGCCAUGCAGUGCAUCCAAAUACCUAAUGGAGAUCUCCAGAACUCACUCCUGGUUGCCUACAGUAAAGGGCUUCAAUGCUCCAGCAAAUGGAGUGGUGAAAGCAGCCCAUCAGAAAACAGCAGUAGUGGGCUGAGCACACCUGGCCUGAAGGAACGGAAAUGCCAGGAGGCCAACAAGCGUGGGGGCAUGUACUUAGAAGACCUGGAUGUGCUGGCUGGGACAGCACUGUGGAAUGCAGGUGACCAAAACCACACACAUGAGUUUCAUUCCCAGGAGAACUUGGUAGUACACAUUCCCAAGGAUCACAAACCAGGAACAUUCCCAAAGGCACUGUCCAUCGAAAGCCUCUCACCAACAGACAACAGCAAUGGGGUGAACUGGAGGACCGGUAGCAUCUCCCUGGGUAGACAGCAUGGCCCUUGUGCCAGGGAGCCUGGGCUCAUUGCCUCCUGCCACAGAGCAAGUCGAGUCAGUAUCUAUGACAACGUCCCAUUGUAUGCCAGCACAGGAGACCUUUUGGACUUGGAGAAAGAUGACCUCUUACCUCACUUAGAGGACAUUCUGCACCACGUCAGUGGCCUCCAAGAGGGAGUGAAUGAACUGCAAGCACAUGAGGCCUUGGUUGGAAAACCUGGCUUAUGUCCCUUUCCAUUUCCUAAUCAGAUAACCCUAGAUUUCGAAGGCAAUUCUGUUUCUGAAGGUCAGACAACACCCAGUGAUGUGGAAAGAGAUGGAACAUCACUUAAUGAGUUGGAGGCCACCGGGAUCAAAGAAAGAAGGGAUUCUGGUGUAGGGGCCUCUCUGACUAGGCCAAACAGGCGACUCCGAUGGAACAGUUUCCAGCUCUCCCACCAGCCUCAGCCAUCCACGGCAUCACCCCACAUCAGCAACCAGACUGCUGGCCAGUUGAACCUGCUCCAGCGCUUCUCGCUGCUCCGCCUCACGGCCAUCAUGGAGAAGCACUCCAUGUCCAACAAACACGGCUGGGCAUGGUCAGUUCCAAAGUUCAUGAAGAGGAUGAAAGUUCCUGAUUACAAAGACAAGACUGUCUUUGGCGUUCCUCUUAUAGUUCACGUCCAGAGAACGGGACAGCCCCUGCCUCAGAGUAUUCAGCAAGCACUCAGAUAUCUUCGCAGCAACUGCCUUGACCAGGUGGGCCUUUUUCGAAAAUCUGGUGUGAAAUCUAGAAUCCAGGCCUUACGUCAAAUGAACGAGAAAUCCCCUGAGAACCUCAGCUAUGAGGACCAGUCCGCUUAUGAUGUGGCAGAUAUGGUGAAACAGUUCUUCCGGGACCUCCCUGAGCCUCUUUUCACCAACAAGCUCAGGGAAACCUUUCUCCACAUAUAUCAGUAUGUCCCCGAAGAGCAGCGGCUGCAGGCAGUGCAGGCUGCCAUCCUGCUGCUGGCUGAUGAGAGCAGGGACGUCCUGCAGACGCUUCUGUGCUUCCUCAAGGACGUUGCCAACUUGGUGGAAGAGAAUCAGAUGACACCCAAGAACCUGGCUGUGUGUCUGGCCCCCUCUCUCUUUCAUCUCAAUUUAUUGAAGAAAGAAAGCUCCCCCAGGGUCAUACAGAAGAAAUACGCCACUGGGAAGCCAGAUCAAAAGGACCUCAGUGAGAAUCUGGCCGCCUCUCAGGGCCUUGCCCACAUGAUCAUGGAAUGUGACAGACUUUUUGAGGUCCCGCAUGAGAUGGUAGCCCAGUUUCAUAAUUCUUACGUGGAGGCUGAGAUCCAUACUCCAACUCUGGAAGACCUGGGGACCCAGGUGGAGGAAAGUGGGGCCACAUUCCACACUUACCUGGACCAGCUCAUCCAGGGCCUCCAGAAGGAAGCCAAAGAGAAGUUUAAAGGAUGGGUUAUGUGUUCCAGCACAGACAAUACAGACCUUGCUUUCAAAAAGGUGGGAGACGGGAAUCCACUGAAGUUAUGGAAGGCUUCCGUGGAGGUGGAAGCACCCCCGUCAGUGGUUUUGAAUCGUGUGCUAAGAGAGCGCCACCUAUGGGAUGAGGAUUUUGUGCAGUGGAAGGUUGUGGAAACUCUGGACAAGCAAACAGAAAUCUAUCAGUACGUGUUGAACAGCAUGGCCCCCCAUCCUUCCAGAGACUUUGUGGUUCUCAGGACCUGGAAGACUGAUUUGCCCAAAGGAAUGUGUACCCUGGUCUCCCUCUCUGUGGAGCACGAGGAAGCUCAGCUCAUGGGCGGUGUGCGAGCCAUAGUGAUGGAUUCUCAGUACUUAAUAGAACCAUGUGGUUCCGGCAAGUCAAGACUGACCCACAUCUGCAGGAUAGACCUGAAAGGUCACUCCCCAGAAUGGUACAAUAAAGGCUUUGGACAUCUGUGUGCAGUGGAAGUUGCCAGGAUUAGAAACUCUUUCCAGCCCCUCAUUGCUGAGGGUCCAGAAACUAAAAUCUGAGUUUUCCCCAGUGUGACAUUAAGCUCAGGGAAGGGGAAGUGAAAGGAAACACCUGUGGGAGAGAGUGCACUCAGGAGAAAGUGAGAGAGGACAGCUGAUUGACAUGGUUCCUGCUCAAAAUGGAAACACUGAGAAGUCAGAAUGUUGAAGAUGCAAGAGUUUCUGCGAACUUUCCUAGCCUUCCUGGAGAUGGCUAUAGUCCUACUAAUAUAAUAUUUUUAAAAAUGAAAACAUUUAUGUUACUUAAAAUUAAAUGGGUUUUCUUUGUGCAUUGCCUAAUUUGCUAUUUAAAAGCUUCUAAGAAGCAUAUUCUUAACUGUAACUAAAUGUAUGUAUAGCAUAUGUAAAGUGUAUAUAUCUUUCCCUUUACUAUAUAUAUGUAAAAUAUCAAUUUUAUAUAUAAUUGCAUAUUUUGAAACACCUGCCUUGCUGAGUCCCUUCCUUACAUGGUUCUUUCCAAGUUGCUCUGGGCCCCACCAUCCUGUAAACUGAGCAGAGCUGCUGCUGACAGGAAGGUGUGAAAAUGUGUAGCCUGUCAGUCUGCCCUGAUGUUCAACCAAAGAUGUACUAACCAAAAGCAAACAACAUUAAAAGGUUCUUAUGUGUUGUCAGGUCGCUUUUGUUAUUCAAAAACUGAGAGUGGAGUGCUGGAUAAAGCAAGGAAAACAAUGUGUUCUCCUUUUUAAAGCAAAGAAGUGGUGAGAAGUCACUAUCAAAUUUACAGCUAGAUUCCCAGUUGCUCCUUGGCCCCACCGGUGCAGAUUCGGUGAAAUAUCAGACCCCUAGAACCUUUGGAGUCAGUGAGAGACUGAACAGAACCCCUAUUUUCCUGCUAACUAGAGCUGACUAGAACAGCCUUUGCAUAUACAUAGCCAAAGGGAGCCCCUUUGUUCUAUGAUGUUUUCAUAGAUACAUUUCAUAAUGUUCUUAAAUGUCAUUCUAUUUGACCAGUGGCCUAUUUGGUCACAGGUAAUUGGCAUUUUCUUACCAAUGUAUUGCACUGAAUUUAACUCUGGACACUAGACAAAGGAAGAUGAUGGUCAUCUAAGAGUCCUGGACCAUUAAUUAUAGCUUCAGGGAAUUCUUAUUUUGUUAUGUAUGAUGCUCUUAAGACAUAAUUCAUUUAAGUUUUCCAAUGUGAAAGACAGGGUUUUAAACUAACAUAAGACCAAAACUAGGUUCUUCAAUUAAUUUUAGAAAAUAUAAACAGGUUUGUUAAACCCAUGUUUCUUCAUUAGCCAGUCAAGCUACCUGUGCAUUUGACCCUAUUUAUUAUUAUAUAGACUAAGCAAGUUGACUCUCCUAAAAUCAAUUGUUAAUGGGUUUAAUUUUUCUUAAUUAUAACUCAACAACUGUAGAGAGAAAGAUAAUUUAUUGUGUUUGGUUUGAGAUAGACAGAUCUCUAAAUAGAGAUUGGUAUCAUCAUUUAGCAACUGGUGUUAGAGGAAAAAAAAGAAGAAAAAUGUUUUCCCCUUUUUGUAUUGUAUGCAUUUAUGUAAUGUUUUCUUUUAUCAGUAUUGUGCAAUUAUUUUAUUGAGAGGAAUUAAAAUGUUAUAUAUGAGUUCUGUGUGGAGCAAGAAAAAUCAUACUGUUUGAAUUAUGAUUUAGGAGUUUUUUGUUUCUUUGACUACCUAGAAGGUGGCAGCAAAGCCAUAAUUUUCCAUUGGGCAAUGCCCUGUGAGCAAAACAAAAUCACUUCUGCCAUACAUCUUAAAUUUAACCAUAUGUGCUGGAUGACUUUAAUGGGCAUGUACAAGAUCAUUAGAGAAGUUUAACCUAGUUUAACAUGGGUCCUAUUCCAGAAAUGGGACCCUACAUGUUUGGAAACUGUGCUAGGCACACAAGGAUAAAUGGUAUUCUAUCACUAACUGUAGCAUGCACACAGAUCAUCUGGGGAUCCUGUUCAAAUGAAAAUUCUGAUCCAGGCGGUCUGGGUGGGCCUGUGAUUCUGCAUUUCUAAUAGGCCCAGGCUGCUGGCCCAAAGACCACACUCUGAGAAGCAAGGACCUAGAAGAUACUUAAAAUAGAAUAAAAACAAAAAUUAUUGUAUUUCUGGCUCCCCUUCUCUUCAAAUUUCCUGGCUUUUUAAAAAUUUUUACUUACACACUAAUUACAUCACUGCUGCAUAACAGCACAGUGCAUCUAAGAAAAAGAAAAAGGAGGGGAAAGAUGCAUCAAACUUGCUGGUCAAAUACCACAAUAUUUUACUCAUAGUUAUUUUGCUAAUGGAAAUAAAAUACAAUAUUGCAUUUUAAUAUUAUAUUUAUACCUCAUGUAUUUGCACCUCAAUUGUUGGUAUUCAUCAUCAAUUAUAAAUAAAUUGCCAAAGCAAAUAAAUUUAUAUACAUUAAGUAUUUUCUAUAAAAUAUACAUUGAUUUUCAUAUUGAUCCUAUAAGUAGACAACCUGCUUCAUGAGGAAGAUUUAUCUCUAAGAUAGCUGUCUUGAUAUCUCUCCCAACUGUAAGGAUGUGGUUAGCAACAGAGGUUCACUGGGUGCCUUAACCUGUAUGUAAGGCAUUAAAGAAGUGAUGGGUAAGGAUUUGUUUUAUAUUUUAUUGUUCUUAAAUCUGGAAAUUAUACAAAUACAUUUAUAGUGUUUUUAUGAAAGAGUCAGUGAACUCUAACUAUAUCUCACUUUCACUGAGUGGACCAGAAAUUGAGACUUGAUGAAGUGACUGAUGGCUGCACCACUAGACCAUAAAGAAUAACCACAUUGGACUCUGCACCUUUUUCCUUCCCUUGCACUUGUUCUGAGCCUCACUGCUAAAAGAUAACAAAGGUAUCCCCUUGUUAAGCAAGUAGGAGCUCAUGCAUCUCAGCUACAGGCUGCAAAAGGGACAUCAGGCACAAAGAUCAUCUGUCCCCAUAGAAAUUAUCCAAACUCUGCUUUCUGCUCACCUUCCACACUCCCAUUACUUGAAAGUUUUGCUUUCAUAGGCAAAGGAGGAAUUUCAAUUGCCACUUUUCUUCUUCUAUGUGAGAGAAGAGAACAUUCUAUUGGCCACAUGCUAUAAAUGUUGUCCUAGGACCCUGGAUCAUAUGAAUUCAAACUUGAUUAUGAACAUACUUCAUGAAAUUCUUAGUAUGAAACUGUUCUACUUUCGAUAUUUGGCCAUAGAAAAACUGAUCUUAUGACUUUUUCUCAGGGAUACAAUGUAAAGGGAUAAAUUAGACCACAACCAGGAGGGCAACUUGCUGACACAAAAACAAAACCAAUGUGUUUUGCUGCAUAA